GGUGUCUGUGACGCCCGCUGUCUGGUACGUGGAGAAACAGGAGUGCGCAUGCCCAUUAUCACUUCCCCAAUGCUAAGCUAACCAGUUAGCAUCUAAUACGCGACGCAAGAAGCAACUCAGUCAGUGCUGAUUAGUUUCUAUGGAGUGAAGAUGGCUCCUUUUCCCGACGAGGUGGAUGUUUUCACUGGGCCACACUGGCGAAUGAAACAGUUGGUGGGACUUUACUGUGAGAAGCUGUCACAGACCAACUUCUCCAACAACAAUGACUUCCGCUCAUUUCUUCAGUCGCUGUGUGCUACCUUCAAGGAGUUCAAGAUGCAUGAACAGAUUGAGAAUGAGUACAUCAUCGGCCUGUUGCAGCAGCGCAGCUGCAAUGUGUAUAAUGUACACUCCGACAACAAGCUCUCAGAGAUGUUGUCCCUGUUUGAGAAAGGGCUGAGAAGCGUUAAGAGUGAAAAUGAGCAGCUCAACUAUGCCCAGCAGCUGAAGGAAAGACUUGAGGCAUUCACACAGGACUUCUUACCCCAUAUGAAGGAGGAGGAAGAGGUGUUCCAGCCCAUGCUGAUGCAGUACUUCACUUAUGAGGAGCUGAAAGACAUCAAGAAGCAGGUGAUAGCGCAGCACAGUAGCCAGCAGCGAUGGAACUGUGCAGCAGAGGUGCUGAAGGGGCUCAGUCUGUGGAGCCAGGCAGAGGAGCUGCAUAAGGCCUUCAAGUAUGCUGACCAUGAGAAGACUGAUGAUGAAUUGGAGAAAGAGCUGUGCUCCGCCCACAUCUCCCAGCUGCCCACAGAGGUCCUGCUGUGUCUGUUCCGCUACCUGGGGCCUGAGGACCUGUGUCACUGUGGCCAGGUGUGCUCUGCCUGGUCUGACCUGGCCAAGACCGGCUCUCUGUGGAGACACCUCUACCCUGUACGCUGGGCCAGAGGGGAUUACUAUCGCGGUCCCCCAGAUGAUCUGAACCAGGAGCCGGAUGAGGAGUGGGUGAAAGGUUUGCAGGAUGAGGGCAAGGCCUACCAGGAGUGGGAUGAGGAUGCAGAUGUGGAUGAGUCUGAUGCAUCUUGUGAAGACUCCUUGGCUAUAAGUGCUGCUCAGAGGGAGAAGAAGCUACUGAAUGGAAUGAUCCAGAACCUUCUGCCAGCUGUGGGUUCCUCUGUCAGGUCCAUCGUUCUGGCCUACAGCUCUACGGUCUCCAGUAAGAUGGUGCGUCAGAUCCUCAGUCUCUGUCCUAAUCUCACCCACCUGGACCUCACUCAGACUGAUGUCACAGACUCCGCCUUUGACAGUUGGUCAUCUCUGUGGGCAUGUCUCUCUCUGGAGCACCUAGACCUUUCAGGCUGUGAGAAGAUCACUGACCGUACACUGAAGAAGCUGUCCCUAGGUCUUGGGGACCUGGCAUCUCCCACCUGCUCUGACCGACGAGCCAAGCUUCUGAAGAGCCCUCCUUCUCCCAUCAGUCUGCUCGACAAGCGCAGCCUCCGUCCGACUGGGCACAGCCGGCAGGUCCUGAUCUUCAAGCAGUGGCCAGGGAGACUGGGCAGAGCCCCCUGCAGCCCCACCAGGGUCUGGGUCCUGGACCCCUUGGAGCUGGCUGACAUCGAGGAUGCUGCGGAGUGGAACCGACGCAGGGGAGUGUCUACCCCUGAGGUGCAGGGCUUUGUGGAGACUCAGCCAGGGGGGUUGUCGUGUUGCUGUAGAAGAAGGACGGGGGGCUUCAGGACUGGCUUUAGCACCUCCUACAGGCAGCAGCAGUAUGGGCUUGGGGAGGCCGGCUGUGGCCAUUCCACCUGCUGCACUGGUGAGACUGCCCUGAGGACUUUAGGAGGGCUGCAGUAUGAGUCUCACACCACCAGGGGCAGUGCAGGGGCAGAGUUUCGGACUAAAUGCUCCUCUGGGGGCCAGUUGUGCCUGGAGUGUGACAACAGAACUGAUCAGUCAAACGGUCGGCGCUCACUAAGGUUCCUCAGCCUGUCUGGAUGCUAUCAGGUCACAGACCUGGGCUUGAGGGCACUGUCUCAGCGUGGAGGGCUUCCUCACCUGGAGCAUCUGAACCUGUCUGGAUGUCUCCUCAUCACUGAGGUGGGGCUGCAGGAGCUGGUGUCAGCCUGUCCUGCCCUCAAUGAUGAACACUUCUACUACUGCGACAACAUCAACGGUCCUCACGCUGACACGGCCAGCGGCUGCCAGAACCUGCAGUGUGGCUUCAGGGUGUGCUGCCGCUCUGGAGAGUGACCUUUGACCCAGCUCCACCCCCCCCCCCCCCCAAUGGUUCCUCAUCUGCACUUUAAUCACCUGGGAAUAAACCAAUCUCUGUACUUUGUCACUUAAAAUAGUUUGUAGAUAUACAAAAAUAAACUGACAUUACCAUGUGUUUUUAGGAAGUAAUCCUUUAGAAAAAUAUGGGUGUUGGAUGUAUGAAGUAUCUGCAAAUGUAAAUUCUAGUUCCUUAUUGAGAAAGUGUUCCUUUAACAUUUUAAUUUGAGUUGCAAAAAAGCAGAUGUUAUACGUGACCAUCAAGUACUUGUUGUUUCUGUAGUGAAUUGAACCAGGUAUCCUGUAGUUUUUGACUAGGUCCACCACCUCUGCUCCUACUUCCUUGUUUUAGAUCUCUGAUUGCUGUAAGUCUUAAUUGGUUGAUUUAUUGAAGUUAGAAACAUCAGAUAAUUCAAUGUUGAGAUGUGAGUUCUCUUCACAUGAUACAUGUUGGGAGUGGUGAUUCACACGGUGGCAGAUGGUGUGUCAGUGACUUAAGAAUCUGAGGAAAACUGCACAGUCCUGGAGAACACUGAUCAUGUCACUUCUAGAGAUGACAGGUGGCCAGAUCACUGUUAGAAUUGCCUCAGAUGUGGGCAGGCAUUUCGGGUAUAGAGUUAUGGUGGUAUUUGUCUGCAGGUAAUACCCUUAUUCCAAAUGUUGGAUUUCAACCUCUAAAAUUACAUUAAUAAUGCUUAUCUUUCUCCUUUGUGGCUAGAAACAUUGGAUUGUGAUAAUAUUUUCCCUUUGUCAUUGUGUAAUGAAUGAAUGGUAAGGGCACUGAAAUUCACAUAAGCUCUCCCAGUUACUUCACAAAAUGAUCUAGACAUACAGUUGAAUGACAAUGGAGCAGAUUUGAGAAAUAGCAACUACUCUGAUCCACUGAGUGCUGGUCUUUAUACAUAGCACAACUUCUGGAGACUCAUUAUUUGCUUGUUCAAAGAAUCUGCAUGAGAAGUUCUAUUGAUUAUGAACAAUAAAAGUAUAUUGGAUUUAAA